GUCACUCUCCCCAUAUAUGCAUCGAGUUUCCCCUCAUAUAUCUUGCCCUUCCCCGCCCAGGUAUACCAUAAACUUCAUCACCGCAAAUCUAUACAGAUAUUUUCGCAAAGAUGGCUAGCAUUGAUUCUAUCAUCCAGGGUGUCAACAUCACUGGCGCCAUCAACGAGUCCUACAAGAAGAUUCUCACCAAGGAUGCUAUCGCUUUCCUUGCCCUCCUCCACAGAUCCUUCGACCCAAGGAGGAAAGAGCUUCUCCACCGCCGUGUGAUCAGGCAAGCAGAGCUUGACAGAGGCGCCCUCCCAGAUUUCCUCCCAGAGACCAAGCACAUCAGAGACGAUGCGACGUGGAGGGCAGCAGUACCAGCACCAGGGUUGGCUGACCGCAGAGUCGAGAUCACUGGCCCAACUGACAGGAAAAUGAUCAUCAACGCCUUAAACUCGAAUGUCUGGACUUAUAUGGCCGAUUUGGAAGAUUCCAGCGCCCCAACCUGGGCCAACAUGAUCGGUGGCCAGGUUAACCUCUACGAUGCCAUCCGCAGACAGGUGGACUUCAAGCUCGGCGGAAAGGAGUACAAGCUCCGCACAGACCGCGCCCUGCCAACUCUGAUUGUCAGGCCGAGAGGAUGGCACCUGGAGGAGAAGCACUUCACCGUUGACGGCGAGCCGAUCUCGGGAUCGCUCUUCGACUUCGGUCUUUACUUCUUCCACAACGCCAAGGAGCUCGUCAAGCGUGGCCAUGGACCAUACUUCUACCUCCCAAAGAUGGAGUCUCACCUCGAGGCCCGUCUGUGGAACGACGUCUUCAAUCUUGCCCAAGACAAGAUCGGCAUGGCAAGAGGCACCAUCCGUGGUACCGUCCUUAUCGAGACCAUCCUGGCCGCCUUCGAGAUGGACGAGAUCAUCUUCGAGUUGAGGGAUCACAGCUCCGGACUUAACUGCGGACGUUGGGAUUACAUCUUCAGUGUGAUCAAGAAGUUCCGCCAGAACCCCAACUUCAUCCUCCCAGACCGUUCGGCCGUCACAAUGACUGUCCCAUUCAUGGACGCCUACGUCAAGCUCCUCAUCCAGACCUGCCACAAGCGCCAGGUCGCCGCCAUGGGAGGAAUGGCCGCCCAGAUCCCCAUCAAGGACGACAAGGCCGCCAACGACAAAGCCAUGGAGGGUGUCUACGCCGACAAGCUCCGCGAGGUCAAGGCCGGCCACGACGGAACCUGGGUUGCUCACCCAGCCCUCGCAUCCAUCGCAUCCGAGGUCUUCAACAAGCACAUGCCCACACCUAACCAGUACUUCGUCCGCCGCGAGGAUGUCAAGAUCACCGCCAACGACUUGCUCAACAUGAACGUCCCCGGCCAAAUCACCGAGGGAGGUAUCCGCAAGAACCUGAACAUCGGUCUCGGAUACAUGGAGGGAUGGCUCCGCGGCGUUGGCUGUAUCCCUAUCAACUACCUGAUGGAGGAUGCCGCUACCGCUGAGGUCAGCCGCAGUCAGCUUUGGCAGUGGGUUCGCCACGGUGUCUCCACCGCUGAUGGCAAGAAGGUUGACAAGGCGUACGCGCUCAAGCUUCUCAAGGAGCAGACCGAGGAGCUGGCCUCCAAGGCACAGAAGGGCAACAAGUACCACCUCGCGGCACAGUACUUCGCUGGCCAGGUCACUGGUGAGGACUACGCCGACUUCUUGACCUCGUUGCUCUACAACGAGAUCACCAGCGUGGGCACGGGAUCGCCAGCUUCCAAGUUGUAGAUUGUUACCCGCAUCGUGAUGACGCGUGGGGACUAUCGGGCGCGUCUGUAUUUGUUUAUGACCUGCUUUCCAGCGAUGAUAUCUGUAGGAACAGUCUUGAUAGGAGAUGGAGAUGAUGUGCUCUUGGGAAUUAUUUAAAAUAGUUUGAAAUAUAUCCUAUGAUCAAGAAUGAUAGUUAUACAUACUUGCCUCACCUGCUGCCCCAACGAGAC